CCUUAAACAAAGGUGUCACUAUUCAACUCGGAUUUGUUUAUCGGUGACACCUUGAGAACAGCUGUUGUGAUCGGCUAGUAGCCAGUUCCAGCGAUCUGGCUAAAUUAACUAUAUUUCGGGUUUCUCCUGUUACAUUACACAGGUUGAUUGAGUAGAAGACCAUGGAGCCUGCCUGCCGUAAAGACAAGCCAAAGCUGAACUCCACUCCGACCAGAGGAGACAGAGCCAAGCAGAAAUCUGCACAGCAAGAGCUCAAACAGCGACAGAGAGCAGAGAUUUAUGCUUUGAACAAGGUGAUGACAGAGCUGGAGCAGCAGCAGUUUGAGGCCUUUUGUAAACAGAUGCAGACACAAGGAGAAUGAUGAGAGUCCUGCUGACACUGCCUUCCGCUUUCAUCAGGACCAGGGCCUGCCACCCUCCAAAACAACCAUGUAUAUAAGAUUUUACCUAUUACACUCAUGCAUGUGGGUUAAUUUAUGGUGCUGCAGAUAACUUUAAAUUACACAGAGGGUUGCAGACAUUCCUUACAGUAAAUAUCAACCUCUGUUACAUUCAUGUAAGGACUAAACUGAGCUUGCAUGCUCUUUUCACCUCUGUUCAAAUUCACCUUUACAUUAAUGUUUACAACGGUAGCACUGUGUUAACAGUUGAUGAAAGGGCAAAAUGUAUAGUUUCUUAGUGGUUCACUGACCUACCAGAUGAAAGCACACUUCUCAGCCAUUAGUUGCAUCCCUCUGUAGAUGUAAUUAAAGCUGUAUUAGGUCAUUUUUGACAGUAGCAGAGGGGAGAUGACCAGGAAUGGGAACAUCAGUUUAGCAUAUUCUAAACCAUUUAAAUUAUCUCACCAGAAAUGAAAAGAGCAACACGAGCAUCCACCUGAAGUCCUUGUUGUCGUCCACUUGAAUGAGUCCAGUGCUUACUCACUGUCAGCUGUGGAUCAUGGUUAACUGGGCCCAUAUUUAUCAAGUGUCUCAGAUUAAAAGUUAUUGGUAAAUGGCCAAAACCUCUCAGUGAUGCAAUUUCAGUCCUACUUUUAGGACUAAGAAUAAAGUAAUCUUAUCAACUUUGUUAGCCAUGUUCAUCAUUCCUAUCUCUGCUUCACUUGAGAAGCCUUCCAGAAGAGUCAGACCUGUUAAAAGUGGAGAGGAGAUGUGAUGUUAAACUUACUGCCUUAACUUUUUGUAACUGACUUUGUGAGACAUACAGGGCAGAACAAACGCACUCUGUGCAGAAACCUGUGUCCUCACAAUGUUACACAGGGAAAACAACUUUUCAACAGUGAUAAUGCUGCAAAACACAAUUUUAAGGCAUACUGAACAAAGCAAACUG